GUAUUGGAAUUGCAAAGUUCGAGUCCAGCUGGGGACCCUAACCCUACGCAUCACCAGGCGCUUCAAACGUGAACUUCAUUUGUCUCGUUCCAUCAAAGUUUCACAAGAACUUUACCGUCGCCUAUCCUUUUACUGUGGCGACAGAUACUCAGAAACUGGAAUAGUUCAAGGCUACGAUGUCUGCGGGAAUGGGAGAAACUUUGCGAACACGAGCAAUAACAUCCACAUUGACUGCACGCUUGUCCCCGACUGUGCCAUCUGCUUCUCAAACUUACGAGCCCCUUGUUAGGUCCGCCCUUCGACAGCGACUCACCCACAAUAUAUUCGUGUUCUCUGUUGCAUUUACCUUAGUUGUCAGCAUUCUUUUGGGGGGAGAGGAUGAGACGAGUGCUUUCGCCAGGUUGCUUUCACCUGGAACUUGGACGAUAGCGUGCCUCAAGUGGCUCGUUGGCGUGUUGCCUGUGAUUGCUAUGAGAAAGGUUUACCUUACCUCUGCCGCCACACCUGCAACUUCACCAGCCAAAAUGCUCGCGAAUGCUAUUGCAAAACCAAGCACACGACAGUGCUUGGCAGUGUACAUGUCAUGUACAUUGAUGCUUUUUACGCUCUAUAUGAGCUCGUUUACAUCGGAAGAACGCGAAAUCCUUCGUCUGAAUGUCUUCGUAAAGUCAAGGAAACAUCCGUAUUACCUCAAUGGUCGACUGCUCUUCCUCAUCCUGGCCCAGUUGUGGUUGGCCGCUAGUUUCUUGCUUCGAAAUAUCAUGUUAGACCGUUUUGUGUUCAAGUGGACGAAACCUUUGAAUUCGUCGGAACUUCCAUAUGCCACAAGCAAUCUUCUGAAGCUGGUCUUAACAAUGGCUCUCUUCACCUCAUUUUCAUUGAUGAUGUAUAGCGUCGCUUUUGGUCUAUCGCGGAUGCUUGUUCUUCCGCUGCUCUUAAAGCUUCCAGCGGUAAGCAACAUCAUCCGACCGUUUGUUGCACAUUAUGCAAAGGGUACAUGGACUCUAACUCUACCUAUAUUACACUGGUCGCUUUUGGUUCGUUCAUUUAUGAUGGGCCUUGUGACUCUGAUGAGUUGGGAGUUCGCGGAGUCGCUAUUCGACGCAUAUGUUCCCCAGCCGAUCAAAGUUGGUAACCUUACUGCAGACUCCAAUGUGACAGUUGUCUCGGGGAUUACGACUCAAGACGCGGUGUUCGCACAUUUCGCAUACUCUGAGUUAGCAGAGCUGGCUUCGGACGAAUCCUCGGCAGGGAACGCACGUAGAAUAGCCCUAUUUGGUGACCAAAAAUAUAGCCCGAGCUUGUGGAAUGUCGUGGCCCGCCAAUCACUCCUCCGUCUUGGACAGGAUUAUCAAACAUUCCUGCGACGCGGCGCACCGAUCACUCCUCCUGUCGUUGUAGCGCCGACAAUCCCCAAACCCAAGGAUCCGCCAUCGACCCCUCUGAUCCGAAAGGCUAUUUUCAGGGCUCCACGACAAUCUCCUCUUAGCAGUAUGCUGGAUUCGGUUUCGUCAGAUUCGGAGCUCUCGAAGGCUGCUGAUGCAGUGGCAGGCGAAAUGGAGGGACGGGCCAGUCAAAUGCACAUUCCAGAACUCUUCCGGUCUGUAGCGCCAUCAUCUGCGGCUGCCCCAUCAGCCAAUGCUGUUGUGGCCAAACCUGCAUCGAGUAUUAUAUCAAGCUUCAUUGCACAGGUGGAAUCGCACAGUAGGGGUCUUGUUAUGGGCUAUUGUCCAGUCUGGUUGAAGGAGUCGGCGAUGAGAUGGAAUCAAUGGUUUUAUCGAGAGCGCUUGAAUAAGGCCGUUGAAGUUUGCCUGCCAAACAGGGAGCUUGAUUCACUCAUUAUUGAAGCGCUAUCGCACUUCGUCUGUACUUCCCUGAGCGAAGAUCGGUAUGGUGUGGUUCAAAGGGACAUACCACGCAUCAUCGAAGCUUUCCUCUCGUUUUUAUCUGCAAUCGAAGAGUAUCAGAUCGAAGUGAAUGGGAAAUAUACACCACCGACGCCUGAUGAACUCUCUCAAGGCGACACAAAAAUAUUGGAAGAAAAGGAGAUGAUGCGUUUAGAAGUUGCCAGAGCCGGUGACGUACUGGUCGUUGUCUCAGAUGCACUGAAAACUGGGGUGGCAAACAUAUCGCGGACGUUCGGCGAUAAGCUAGUUGCUUUCAAGUUUCCCCCUCGGACUGCACGGAAACUACAGUCAUUUGUUGACUACACUUAGUGUCUCGGCGAGUUGGAGCCGUGGAUGAUGAAUCCCUAUGUCCUAUAAAUCCCAGGCACCCUGGGACUGCUCCCGUAUUUGCAUCUCGUGAGGUAAUAAUGGGCAGCGUUGUUGACACUUCGGUAACUGAGGGCAAGCAGUCCCUACACUGUAUCUAUCCUUCGAGCUUCAGAACGUCAAGCUAUCUAUCGCAAUCAAUAAUCCUGUGCACCGCUUGCUUUACAGUCACAAAAAUACAGUUUGCCAAAUAAACAUGGAGAAUUCAAGAAGUUAUCGACGAGCCGCGGACAAGAACUCGAUAGUACUUUUUUGCCCAACA